AUGACAGGAAGACGCCACUCCGCUCGUAUUGCGGCUCAGUCGCAGAACUCCUCUCCGCCCCAACCCAAGCCAUCACCCGCUGGGAAGAAGCGGAAGAAAGACACUGCCGGUUCCUCUCCAAGGGCGAAACGCGGCAAGAAAGAUGCUGAACCUAAGCAGGAGACCCGAGGGAAGACAACGCAAAACGGACAAGAUCCUACCCAUGAUCCUACCAACAAGGCAGAACAGGCCCAGGAAAAGUCAGAAGAGUUUCAGGCACCACAGGUCAAUGGCAACGCCACCGAGUCUAAGCAGCAGCAGGAGGAGAAGAAGCCCACAGCGCAAGACGAAGCCAAGAUGACUAACACUGUCAAUGAACCAGCCGCCCGCGAAGCCGGGGGAGACGAGCCCCGUUCGGCCCCAGAGGAACCACCGAUGGACAAGGUUGAAGAUGGGGAGCAGCCUCAGGCUAAUGGUACCCAUACGGAAGUCACGCAGCCAAAAGCGGAUGCAAAAGUACCCGGGACCAACGGUGACGCCGUUGUGCCUGACGCUCGUGAAGCCGACCCUCCGUCCAGCAUCCUCGAGAAAGGCGUCAUCUACUUCUUCUUCCGCGCCAGGGUCAACGUGGAUGAUCCUCAAGAUGUCAGAGACGUUGCCCGCACCUACAUGGUCAUGCGUCCCAUUCCGCUUGACGCGAAACUUGGAGACGGCCCCAUCGGUGACCAGGGAAAUUGUCGCCUUCUGGCGCUGCCCAAAAAGGUCUUACCUCUGAGCAGCAAGGACAGAUUCACGGCCUUUGUCGAAAAAGCCAAAGUAUCCUUCAGCGACCUCAAAGAAUCGUUCAUGGCAGGCUUGGAUUAUGCAACCAAGACUGCUGGGAUAAGUCACACUCCACCCGUGACUCCCGUUGCGGAGGGUGUUUAUGCAAUCACCUCUACUGGGCGCGAGUCGCAUCUCGCCUACCUCAUCAACAUCCCCAGGGAAUUGGGCGAAGUGCAGAAAGACCUCGGUCUUCGAGAGCGCGGAAGUUUUGUAACCAGUGUAAAAAACCCUACGCAACCUGCCCCUCCCGGCACCAGUCUGCCCAAAGGUCCAGAGUACCCUCAAGAAAUUCUCGAUGACUUCAGAGGUCUUCGAUGGAAACCCCUGGAACCGAAAUACCUGGACUAUGUCAACACGCAGUUCUUGUUGAUUGGGAAGUCCUUCGACCAUGCUACGGAAGAAUGGCCAAGAGAUGAGCGGGAGAACAACGAAACUCCGCAAGAGGAGAUGGAAAAGUUGGAGGGCGAAGAUGAGAUUCGAGUCGAACAUUUGAAAGGGGAUGAUGCUGUCUUUACAGAUCUUGGAAUCACGGCAAAAGAGUUUCCGAAAGUGCCGACUACUUGGUAG